AUGUACGAAGGGAUUGACAACCUGAAAUCCCUUUACGACCGUGCCGGGAAGACUUUCUCCGGCGGUCCUUCUGCGGCACAGGAUGUGCCGCGUCGUACUGCUCGACCAGACCCAGUACGUCAACCAUCAAUUGGGAGCGGGGCUCCCAAGAAUCCCAGGACGGGGGAUAGCCGCGCCACCGGACGAGGUAACUCGUCCGACGUCCGUUCACGUCGCGGUGGUUCAACAGCUGCUCAACUAGAUAGCGCUGGCCACCGCGAGAGUCCUCUAAUGGAGGUGGAGGAGGAGGAAAGACGCUCUCCACACGAUCAUGUGGAUCGGUGUGUUCCCGAGAGCUUCUUUGAUCGCGUAACGCAAGGGUUACGCGACGAUCUCGAGCAUGAGCGGAAUAGGCGUCUCCAGAUGGUGGACACUGCCUCGAAGCAUCGAGCUGAGUUUGCCUUUGCUCAGCUUGAGAACGAGAGAUCUCUGACAUCUCUUCGUGACGAGCUAAGGGUAGCUCGUGGGAUUGUUGAUCGGUCUCGGGAUCAGAUAGCUGCUCUUCAGACCCUUGUUGAUGCCCACCAUCGGGAGCACAAGGCUCUCUGCGAGAUGCUUGAGCGCAAGGGCGUUCUUCAUCGGAAGAAGCAGCGUACUGAUGGUACGGCUUAA